CUUGCUCCUUGCAACACUGAUGUCUACGUGUCCUGAUGUCAUGAGCAAAGGCAGGACAGACUAUGCUUCUCAAGAGGAUAUCAGGCCGACUGCCUCCGUAUCUCGCCGACCUGAUUCCAAUUCUCGAGACCGCAGACAUUCGAACCACGGAGAAUGUCAUGUUCACUCAUGAAUCGACCCUGAACUCUCUAUUCCCUGCUAUACCUCGGCACCUUCUCGACUUGCUGCGCGCACAUUGUCUCGAUGCCACUGCGCCGUCAUUUCGCGAUGGAACUGAGAGCCCGAUGGCAGUAUCCAGCAACGGAGUCGACCGGGUUUGGAGAGGUUGGGGUCCAGAAGAGCUUGACAAGCUAUUGAUGGAUUGGGAUGGCAUUGGGAUUCUCGAGAUAGCUGGCCCACGACGAGCUGGCAAAUCCCUUCUGGCUCUCCAUGCCGCUCUCAAGGUCCUGGUGAAGGAUUCCCAAGCGACUUGCGUUUGGAUUGAUACAAGUGGCAGUUUUGAUCCUCAGCGGGCCAAGUCUAUCCUGUCCCUUGACUCGACGGAAAACAUUGAAGGAGUAUUGAAUAGACUAGUGGUGAUGAGGUGUUUCUCCGUUGAGCCGGAUAUGCACGAGGCGUUCGGAAAGAUCGAAGCUAGUCUCGAGGAUAGCUCAGAGAACACAGAUCAACCUCGCGUCAAGGUCAUCGUGAUUGACUCCAUUACGAAUCUCUUCAAAGACGCCUUGAUGCCUACAACUUCGCAAGGUCACGCUGCGAUGAUCUCUCUGAUGGCUGAUCUAGCAUCUGAUCUGACAUACAAAUACGGUUUGCUGACCAUGAUCACCAAUUCCACCGCGUCAGCCUUGCCCUUCAAUCCUCUUUCCAACUUUUCGGUCACAACUCUCAAGCCUGCGCUAGGUACAGCCUUUACUUAUCAUUCAGACAUUUCAUUGCUCGUUCAAGAGACGGGCAAGAUUUUCGGAAUGAUUGAUCCCGACGAGCGGGACAGAGUUCGCGCCGCUCCUGGACUGAGGGGUGUCGUGGAAGUCAUAAAGAGUCGCGUGACACCAUCUGGUAGCUGGGCGGUGUUCGAGACGAACGGCGUCUCCCUUUUGAACGUCGUAGCACCUUCUCAGGAAGACAUUCGGACUCUCAGAAUGUCCGCAGGCCUUCCAACAGGUCAGCAGAGGCCUCUCAUGGGACCAUUGAGGGAGACUCUGGCUCCGUAGAUCUGCAUCAUAUGUGUGUGUGUUGUAAGAUUGCAUGGCAUAAUACAGGAAUGUGAACGAUGCAAUAGAGAUUU